GGGGAAGCCUUGGGUUGGGGCAGCGGGGCGGGCGCGUGGCCUGGCCGCGGCGCGAUGAGUGGGGCCCGGGCGGCGCCCGGGGCCACGGGCAACGGCGCGGUCCGGGGGCUGCGGGUGGACGGGCUGCCCCCGCUGCCCAAGAGCCUGAGUGGGCUGCUGCACUCGGCGUCGGGCGGCGGCGCGUCUGGGGGCUGGCGGCACCUGGAGCGGCUGUACGCGCAGAAGUCGCGCAUCCAAGACGAGCUGAGCCGCGGGGGCGCGGGCGGCGGCGGGGCCCGGGCGGCAGCGCCCCCCGCCAAGCCUCCCAACCUGGACGCCGCUCUGGCGCUACUCCGCAAGGAGAUGGUUGGUCUCCGCCAGCUGGACAUGUCCUUGCUCUGCCAACUAUACAGUCUCUACGAGUCGAUUCAGGAAUACAAGGGGGUGUGCCAGGCAGCCUCCAGCCCAGACUGCACUUAUGCUCUGGAGAACGGCUUCUUCGAUGAAGAGGAGGAAUAUUUCCAGGAGCAGAACUCCCUGCACGACAGGAGGGACCGAGGCCCUCCUCGGGACUUGUCACUGCCUGUCUCCUCCCUCUCCAGCGGCGACUGGAUUCUGGAGUCCAUCUAGAGGGUCUUGGGAGGGAUGUGACUGUUGGGAAGCCCUUCAUACUGGACACACUGUCAGCAUUUGCUGCUUCUCUUGCAAGAAAGCACCUCCGUUUUGGAUGGUCCUCGGGCACAGGGGAUGAGUGCUACCAGUUUCAUUUGUAGGCAGGGAGUUCUCCGCGGACGCAUGGUGGCAGUCUGCUUUGAUGGCAGCAGUUUUUGCUUAGGUGACCUAGAGGUCCUCAGCAGUAUCCUCCACACCUUUCUAUUGAGGUGCACCUGCUGGGGAUUCAUAGUGAGAAUAUAACAAGAGGAUCUCGGUGAAAGGCCUCAGUGGGUGUUUUGUGUGAGGUGGCUUGUAGCCAGCUGCUUCCUUGUGGAUGGUAGAGUAUUCCAAUCCUCUUUGUGCUAGGGUUCUUGCUUCCAGUUUGGGAUGUGUUAGAACCACCAUUUCACUGCUUCCCUUCCUCAAUAUGCUCUGCAGCUUUUCUUGCUGUUUAAUGAGCUUUUAAGCCUCUCGCUUCAGCUUUAUUUAUUUGUAAGCUGCAUUACUAACUGCCCAGUGAUUCGGUGAAGGCUUUUUACUGAAAAAGUUCACAUUUCUAGUCACCCCAAUCAACUGGCUUUUUUCAACCAAAAAUUUAUAUCAUUCUUUGUCUAUGAGGUACAAGAGGAAGGAAGAUAAUACAAAGACAUGUUGAAUAGUGAAAAAAAUAAAAAACAAAAAAACUGAGGCAAGCCAAUGUUCUGUAAAACUCACUGUAAGAUGGCAAAUGUUUUCAUUUUUAAGAUUCUGAAUGUAAACUAGUGUGCUAGAAAGCAAACCACCCUCCACUUAAACCAGUAAUUACCUUAAGCCUUAAUAUAUUUAUUAAAAUACUUUAUGAGAACAUUAUACUUUGUAGGUUAAAAAUGAGGAUAAAAUGCUAAACUAUC